GGUAUUUUUUAGCAUACCUGAAAAUUAGGGGCAAAUGCCAGGUGGUGGCUCAAGUUAGGGGGAGAAAUGGAAUUGUCCCUAAUCUGAAUAUAUCAACACCUGAAACUGAAGGUGCAGGUGCAGAUUCAGUUAACGGAAAGAAAGAAUGGAUGGGGUUAACGGACCUCUGAGUUUGCUGCUGUUGUCGUUAACUCGGUUUAGUUACCAAGUUACUGCUAACUACAGUAUAAGUGUCCUGGCAAAAAAAAUAUACUACUAUCAGCGGUAAAAGGAGAACUGGUAUCUGACGAUAUUUCUCUCACUGAACAGUAGAAACCAAAGCAAAUUCAACUAUUCCUGGAGCCAAAGGCCAAAAUCCCUUGUAGACUGUCUUGCCACCCAUUUCUGAGUCUUUUAUCAAAAUUCAACCCUCCGGUCAAUAAACGGUAUGGUUUUUCUCAUGUCUCAUUUAUGGUUUUUGACUAAACCAGCACUCUUUGUAGAACAGUCUACCCAAAUUAAGUCCAACUUGUAUAACCUGUCAAGAAGAAAUUUCUACAAGGAAAAAGGGCACCAGUUAGUUAGUUCUGAUGUGACAUCUUGACUUGUACUCCCUCCGUUCCUAAAUAUUUGUCUUUUUAGAGAUUUUAAAUGGACUACCACAUACGGAUGUAUAUAGACAUAUUUUAGAGUGUAGAUUUACUCAUUUUGCUCCAUAUGUGGUCACUUGUUGAAAUCUCUAGAAAGACAAAUAUUUAGGAACGGAGGGAGUAAUAAAUUAUGCUUGUGUGCAUCAUCUAUCAUCUAGAUGCAGAUGCCCCAGAGGUAUAAAAUAAGAUAAAUGUAAAGGAAGGAAACAAAAGCAGUGUUGUUUUGGCAUAGUUUUGCAACGAGUCAAGUCAGACUCAAUUCACAUGGCAGCCCAAGACUCGCUCAAAAAUUUACCAGGGCACCACCACAGCAUAUAAUAUCCAGCAGUAGUCUCAGUGACUCACACUACUUUGCCAUGGUUAACCUUGAAAUCUUCCAUCCACAACACCUACCCUGGUGGCUCGGUCUUGAGUCAAAAUUGAGCAACACCCCCAUGGCUUGACUCCCAAGUAGCUAGUGUCACUCACUGCUAAUUUUAUCCCUCUUCCAUUGCACCACUUGAGCUCUGAGUCAAGGUGGUUUGCAAUCAAUGGAUAUCCUCGUCUCUGCAAUCGUAGGUGACUUCAUCAGUAGGUCUGCAUCGUUCAUGAUCAGCAAAUACUUCCAGCAGCAGCCUGGCCUCAACAAGAUUCAACAGAGGCUACAGAGAGUCCUACUGAGAAUCGACAUCAUCGCCGAGGAGGCCGAAGCGCGGGACAUCACCAACCAGGGGAUGCUCCGUCAGCUCAAGAUGUUGAGGCAAGGAAUGUACAGAGGCCGCUAUGUUCUUGAUGCCUCGAGAUUCCAAGCGGCCCUCGACGAGGAGGUAAGCCCCUCAUCAUCUGCGCUCUGUAAAUAUAGUCCAGCCAAACGGCUCUGUUUCUCUCGCGCCGGCAGUGGCAGCAGCAACAGAGAAGCGCUGUUGUUUGGCACAAACAGCAACAUGAGGGAAGAGCUGCAACGGAUGGUUGAUACCCUUGAAGAGACCGUGUCUGGCAUGAAGGAGUUUAUUUUCUUCUUGGAGUCAUAUCCCCGGAUACACCGCCAACCUUAUGGCACAUAUUUGGUAUUGGACAAUUGCAUGUUUGGUCGCCAAACGGAACGGGAGCGGGUCCUGAAUUUCUUGCUUUGUCCCAGUGCUACUUCAGACUUGGCUGUACUUCCGAUCAUUGGUCCAAGAAGAGUAGGGAAGAGCACCCUUGUUGAGUACAUCUGUAGGGAUGAGAGUGUGCGUGAUGGCUUCUCCAUGAUCAUGUUCUUUCCAGAAGGCAGUCUCAAGGAUGAAGGAGUGGUCGACCUGAAAGGGAACAUUAUGAAUAGUCUAGUCAGACAUGAGAAUUUUGCUUCUCAAAACAGGUUGCUGAUUAUUGUUGAAAUAGCCGAGGGCAUUAGCGAGGAAACACUGAGAAGCCUGAAAUCUUCCGCAACCUUCAUCACACCUUGCAGUGGCUGCAAAAUCAUAAUCACCAGUCGCUCGGAUAGAGUAGUGAAUCUGGGAACAACAGAAGCACUUCGACUGGACUAUCUCUCUCAGGAAGCUUAUUGGCAUUAUUUCAAGUCGCUUGCAUUCGGAAGCAGAAGCCCUGAUGAAGAGCCAAAACUGGCAUCGAUGGCCAUGGAGAUCGCUUUGGAACACAAACAGUGUUUCGCAAGCGCGCAUAUCAUUGCUGGGAUGCUGCGAGAUAACUUCAAUGCUCAAUUCUGGAGCACAAUUCUUGAUUGUGUGAGAGCAUUUAAACAGACACAUCUCCUUAUGUUUGGCCAGCACCCAUACCUUCGUAUGCGGGAAGAUGCACCGGUGUAUGGUUGGAGAUUGGCGAGCAGCAGCAAAUAUUUCUUGGUUUGCAACACUUGUCAGUUAGGUUCCAGUGAGGAAGUCCCGAAGAUCAGUGUGCAGGACAUCAUCUUAGGACAUGGUGGUACACUACCACGUGGGCAAUUUGAGGCCCUUGGAUGGAGGUCUCGCAUACCUCCCUACUACAACUACAUGGUAAGCUGUAAGAUGCAAGAACCACAACUUACUGUGGGAAGGAAGAAGCGUGCGCAUCAGGAGGAAGAACAUUUGAUUUGAAUAACCAUGUUGUCUGUGGCUCACAUCAUAGGAAGUAUUAUUACGCUGCAUCUAGGAGUCCUGCCAAAUUAGUUAAUAACUUAAUAUAUUUCUUGUAGCGUUUGGAUGCUUGUGUUUGGGUCAAGGCAAUGUUCGCAUUGCCGGUUGAAUUAGAAUCCAAGACAAGUCGUAUUUAUAAAGUUGAGCACUUAUUAGUCUCUACGUAUCAUGUGGGUACUCCAUAAAACUAAGCCUUGUGAUAAUCCUUGGACUUGAAGAAAAGGGUAGAGAAAAAAUUGCCCCAAAUUUGCUCUGUUUCUGAUGUGUGAGUGAGGUUGAUUCUUGGGCGAAAGCCAACAAGUUUCAACUCCUCUGUCACACGCAUUUUCUGCGACAGAUUCUUUUCUUGCUGGGUGAAAAGAUCAGAAAGUUAAUCUGGAAUGGGAUGGGAGUAUUAGCGCUACCUGCAGCUCAGGGCGGUGGGAAGGUAAUGAUAAAGAUAAAACUAAGUUGUUGGUUUCUUGUAUAUCAUCCAAUGAACUGAGCUGCAUUUUGUAUCUUUUGACUCGGACAAAACAAUAUUUUGGGUAACAAAAUAUCACGAGAAAGAACAUUUGUAGACACCAGGCAUGUAGUAGUAGUACAUUGUGCUUUCAGAGUCAAGUUUAGAGUCAAAAACAAGUUGUCUAAAUAUUGGGCAAGUACUUGAAAUUUAUCUGAAUAUUGAACACAGGACUGAAAGAAUCCCCAUGGAUUGUUACUGAAAGAACUCCCAAGGGUUCAGCAAUGAGAACUGCAGGGAAUACUCAGAUUGGCUAUUGGA